UGCUUAUGCCAUGUACAGUUCUUCCAAUGGCAACAUUUCGUAAAAAACCCAAGUUCAACCCGAAACCACCUCAAGAUUAUAGCUGGGUUAAAAUGCCAGAAAGAGGUAAAUUGAAACUAUAUGAACGCAUCCCCCAACCAAACAAAAUGCAAGUGAGGAUUUGGGGAGAAGGUCGAAUCAAAGAAACAUCGCGGAGUAUUGACACUAGAGGUCCAGAACUCUUCCACAAUAAUUUGAAUCAUAAACAGUUUGGAAUCAGGGCUUUACAAGGAGGUGAACUGAAGUGGGGUCACUUUGAAAUGAUGAGAAUCAACAUCAACAAAAUUAUAAAUGAAGACAACAUGUUUGCUGUGUGGAGAGUUCCAGCCCCCAAUAAACCUGUCACCAAUAAAACAGAAGGUGCCAGAAUGGGAGGUGGAAAGGGACCAAUUAAAUAUUAUGUGACUCCCGUAAAAGCAGGCAGAAUAAUACUGGAGGUCGGUGGACAUUGUGAGUACAAAGAAGUGUCUCGCGUCCUGGAGCUUAUGGCUGCCAAUUUGCCCUUCAAAGCUGAAGCCAUCACUCAUGAGAUGCUUCUGGAAGAACAGGAAAGGAAAGAGUUUAUUGAGAAGAACAAUAAAAAUCCCUUUGACUUUAGGUUUAUGUUGAAGCACAAUAUAAAUGGCUGUAGGAGGUACGCUGGAAGAUAUGACUGGAAGUGGCAGGGAAAAUACAAGUAGCAGAAAAGGUGUUAAUAUUGCUGUCUGUUUCAAAACUUACUGUCACAUUUACAGUACAGUGGGUGGGUGUAUGUACCCCAGUACAUCAAGCAGUAGGCAUUAAUAUCUACCAACAGACAUUUAGUUGGUUAUAUUUCUGAUUAGAAAAACCUGAAUACAACUGUUUCAGAAUGGUAACAUGUUGUUUAAUACCUGUAAGUGGUACCAUGAAACAAAUUAAGCCACAAAAAGAGAUAAUGUAAGUUUUUUUCCUUUUUCAUUUUUUUACUUAAGAUAAACCUGUACAAGGUUCAAGUCACCAGUUAA